ACCCCACACGCUGAAAAUCCUAGCGGCUAGCGGUCAAAUGAAGUUUUAACCGUGGUUUUAACCAAGAAAACUAGUAACAAGUUGGUUUGUUGUAACGUGAAUUACGAGUCAAAUGAAUAAGUUACAGAAAGAAUCAAUGAAACUUAUGCUAUUGUUGCACUUAUUUUAUAAGUCUUUAAUUGACGUUGUCCCUUUCUAAAGUAACGCUACUAUCACAUUGUGGUGUGUAGUAGAGCUGAAAAAGGAAUGAACCCUAAUAUGAAUCCAUUGGAUGGUAGUGGCGUUGAAAAGAGGCCACCGGAGGUCAGCCAAACUUUACAAAAUAUAACUGCGAUUCAGAAUACUCAAAACAUUGCUCAGAGUAGUGUUCCAAGUAUUCAGCCGCAGCAGACUAUUGUUGGUACAUCAUCAGCACUACUUGGUAAAUCUGUAUCUCUGGAUCUUAAUCCAAAACUAUCUUUGAUGAAAUCUCCGAGCCAACCUGGGAACGUAUCAACAGAACAAAGCAAAAUUACUACAACGUUAUGUCCUGUUGGUUCAACGGUAAGGAUAAUAUCUCCUGGGAUGUUAAACAGUGUUGAGAGGCAGAGGGACCAACCUCAGCAGACACCACAAAUUGUUUCGAGUAUACCUGCAACUUAUCAUGUACCUCGAGGUCCAGCUGCAGUGGCCAACAUUUCGGCUCCUAGAUCUACGGUUGCUACUCCAAUUGUCAGAGCAAGCACCAGUCAGCCGGUACCAAUCUCAAGGCCUGGUCCUAGUACAACAUCGCCGAGCACACAGUGGCAGCCGAAAGCAACGUCCGUUGUAUAUGCUACACAGCCUCAACGACACAUUGCCCCAGCUGUGAGUAGAGUUACGAAACCUGUGACUCCGGUGUAUUCAAGCCAGCAAACUAGACUAAUAACACCUCCGUCUGCGAGGCCAGUACAGGCUACUGUAGUUACGGGAGUUUCCUCUGCACCAGCUCGAUUGGUUACACCUGUAUUACAAACUAGUAGUACUAGUACUCGAUUACCAGUUACACAGACGAGACUGCCGAUACCGCAGAUCAACUUGACCCCACAGCUUGGAAGAUCCUUGGCUCAAACAAUCCCGACAAAUCAAACCAACAGGCCGUUGACCACUCCUGGAACAGUCAAUCGAAUGACUGUGUCUGCACCUGUGAUGUCUACUACUAGUAGGAUAGCUACAGCUGGAUCUCUGUCAAUUCAACCAAAUGUUGGGAGACAGUUGGCAAUUAACACAGGUGUGAGCACACAAAGUGGAACCGUUAGUCGUAUAGUGAUUCCUCAACAACAGGUCCAGCAACAGCAGCAGCAGCAACAACAACAACAACAACAGCAGCAGCAGCAACAGCAGCAGCAGCAGCAGCAGCAGCAGCAACAACAACAACAACAACAACAACAACAACAUCAACAACAACAACAACAACAGUGUUCGCCUCGUGUUGUUCAGACAGUAACUUCCCUUCCGAACAUUGGCGCAGUUGCCCGUGUCAUUACGACAACAGCUAAUGUCUCUGGUAUUCCGAGAGUAACGCAGCAAAAUUCUCCAUCAGUUGCACGUAUAUCUGGAAAUGUUAUGCCUCUGCAUCCUCUACCGAUGUCUUCAACGAGAGUUAUGCCGGCUGUUGUUAAGACUACUCAAUCAACAGGCUUACCUCAAACUGUUCAGCUUAAAACUUCCACUCAACAAUCUGGGCUAAGAGUUUCAACAAAUACAGCAAUCACUGGCACCGGUGCGACACACUCAGUUCAAGGUCAAUACUUGCACUCCCCACAAUCCACUACUUAUUACUCAUUUGAAGCUUCUGGCACAUAUGCUCAGUAUCGUCAAGCCUCUAUUCAACCGGUUAGACUCCUGGUUGAGCCAGGGUAUGAGGAGCCGCACGUUAAGCCUAACGCUUCGCCUAGACCAAGUAUAUUAAGGAAGCGAGACCAUGACAGCUCGCCUGCAAAAAGUGCAGCUAAGAAUUUAGUGCCUGUGUUGGCAUCUUUACCUCCAGCAGUACCAACCUCGAGUCCGCCUGGUUCUCCAAGAGGAGAUCGGGACCCUGGUGGUUGUCAGAGUUCUGGCUCUACGACUGUGUCAGCAACUUCAUCUCCUGGCUUGGAUGAAGAACCUGAACAAUCAAGAAUCACUAUAAAUCCUACGGUUGAAAUGUCACCACGAAAAAAACCCCGAAAACAACAACUUACAGGCGUUGAAUUGACUGAACCAAGGUGUACUGAGGAAGAGAUGCAAUUUAUUACCGAAGAGAAGAUUAAGAAAGAAAUUAAAACAGAAACGAAAGAUAAGGUGAAUCAUGAUAAAAAACAAAAUUCUAAUAAUCAACAAGAUCAUUCGUUCAGUACACAGCAACAAUCUUCUGCACCUGUUAGAAGCCGACCAACACCAUCAUUGUUAGGAUCGUCAUGGAAAAAUAGAUGCGAUAGCAGAUUACAUCAUUAUCGAAGACCUAGCGACGUGCGCCCGCGAGAAGAGCGUAGACCAACUGUGGCUGAAUUGGCGCAACAAAAACAUGUACUGCAGAAAUUGAAUGGUUGGAAAGUGUAUCAUCUCACAACACAAAUGGAGGAUUUAGCAGAUCUUGAAAAACAAGUGCAUGAAAAAUUGAAGUCAACCUUGUCAAUGCUGGAGUCACAGCAGGGUGGCCGAGGAAGACAGGAGGAAGGAUUGGAGCGUGCCAAUGAAUUGAUAAAGGGAAAUAUGCAGCGGAGUAGCUUAAUUAGUGAGGGGAUGAAUGAGGCUCGUACGCAGCUUGUAGCAAUUUUUCAGCACAAAAGCCAUGUUACGGAGAUUUUGCAACGUUGUGGAAAUAAACGAGCUCAGAAAAAAAGGGACAAGUAAUAUUAACUUCAAACUGUAAGUUAUCUAUGUCAAAAUUGUUAAUACUAUCGAAAGCUUCUUAAAGAAUCAGGUUCUAUCACAAUACCUAUUUUUAACUGUAUCGUAUAGAAUCUAUAUUAUGUGAAAUAAAUAAAUGGUUUUAUAUGU